AUAAAUUAAUAAUUGAAAUGAUAUUCUCGCCAUAUUUAAUCUCCCUUUCCCUUUUCUUCUGACCUUCCACUCUCCCUCUUCCUCUCCCUCUCUUUCUCUGAUUUUUAUUUUUGCUGUGAAUGGUGGAAAUGGCUACUGAAUCAAGGGAAGACAGUGUUUACAUGGCUAAGUUGGCCGAGCAGGCUGAGCGGUAUGAGGAAAUGGUGGAGUUCAUGGAGAAAGUUGCAAAGAUGACAGAUGCCGAGGAGCUUACUGUGGAAGAGAGGAACCUCUUGUCCGUGGCUUACAAGAAUGUGAUUGGUGCAAGGAGGGCUUCUUGGAGGAUCAUUUCUUCGAUUGAGCAAAAGGAGGAAAGUAGAGGAAACGAAGAUCAUGUUACAAACAUCAAGGAGUACAGGGGUAAGAUUGAGACCGAGCUUAGCAAGAUCUGUGAUGGGAUUUUGAACCUUCUUGAGUCGCACCUCAUCCCUUCGGCUUCCUCUGCCGAGUCUAAGGUAUUCUACCAGAAGAUGAAGGGUGACUAUCACAGGUACCUUGCUGAGUUCAAGACAGGAGCUGAGCGGAAGGAGGCUGCUGAGAACACCCUGUUGGCUUACAAGUCCGCUCAGGAUAUUGCUCUUGCUGAAUUGCCUCCUACUCAUCCAAUUAGGCUUGGGCUUGCUCUUAACUUCUCCGUAUUUUAUUAUGAGAUUUUGAAUUCUCCUGACCGUGCCUGCAAUCUUGCCAAGCAGGCUUUUGACGAGGCUAUCUCUGAGCUGGACACAUUGGGUGAGGAUUCAUACAAGGACAGCACAUUGAUCAUGCAGCUGCUGCGAGACAAUUUGACCCUGUGGACUUCAGACAAUGCGGAGGAGGGCGGUGAUGAGAUUAAAGAAACUGCUGGAAAAUCAGGCGAACAGUGAUAAGUUGGAGAAUUGUGCUAUGUAUUUUUGGCAUGAGACUCCAGUAUAGUAGUUGUUAUUUGGAUCGUAGUAGCUAGGUUAAUAUAUUAGAAUCACAUGGUUUUUAGUUCUGGGUAUUAUCAGUACGAAGUUAGUACUCUCUUUUUCAUCUUAGACACUUAAAAACACAGCAUUGUGCUAUUUUUUAUUUUAUGUUCAAUGUGUGAGAUGUAGUUGCAUAUUUAACCUUUGCUUGGCGAGGGAGUAUUUGAUUUUUGUCAUCCUCAAGGUUUGGUGUACUCUCUGAUUGUUUGCCAAUGUUUAAUAAUUACUUCCUCCGAUCUUUAUAA